AUGGAACUGUCAACAAAACUACCAAUCAACCUACUCCUUAUAAUAAUUCUUCAAAAUACCACUAGAACAAAUGCCGGUUCAAAUGGGUCCAGUCUAACACCAGAAGUGAGCUGCAAGACCGAGUCGGACAAGCCCGAGGAGAAGCCCAAGAACACCUCUGACUACACCGUCCUCUACGACUACCUGACUGGGACAGGUGUUCACAAUUUCAGCGAGCACGUCACCAUAGGGUUUCUGGGUGCCUAUAGACAAGCCCAGGUGGUGCUCGGAGCGCUCCCACUGGCUGUGGAUGCGGUCAACGAAGAUAAAGAGCUACUCCCUGGACGGCACUUGAGUUAUGUGGCGGCAGACAUCGGAACCAACCCCCCAGCUUUGGGGGUGGCACGUAGCAAGUCCUCUUUGGCAGCCCACGCCAUCAGGGUUAUGACAGAGAUGAGGGACAACGGCACCAUCGCUUUCAUAGGCCCCGACGACACGUGCUCCUCGGAGGCCCUGGUCGCAGCCGCCUGGAAUCUGCCCAUGAUCUCCUACAGAUGCAGCGACACCAGAGUAUCCGACAAAAGGAUAUUCUUUACCUUCGCCAGGACCCUGCCGCCAUCCAGCAAGGUGUCCAAAAGCGUGGUCGCCCUUCUAAGAGCAUUUCAGUGGCACCGCUUCGUGGUAGUUUCCGGCUCACACCCAGCUUCCGGGAGCGAGGUUCAAGAAGCCAUUGAGGAGCUUUCAAUUAUACAUGGUCUGACAGUCACAGAUACCAAACAGUAUUCCGAUUACAUCCCAGAGUACAUCGAACAGAUGGAGAACAUUGUAGCAGAUACAUAUCAGAAGACCAGGGUUUACGUGUUCGUUGGGGAGCACAUAGCGCUGAUCGACUUCAUAAAAUGCCUGCAGAAGCGGAAGCUGCUCGAUACCGGCGACUACGUGGUGAUAUCAGUGGACGAUGAGAUCUACGACCCCAACAGGAGGAUUAAGAUCAUCAGGAGAGAUUACUUGGAUCCCUUCUUGAGAGAGAGCUGGGGCAACGGCAGCGACGUAAUGGGUUUUAGAUCGGUGCUCAAGCUGACGCCCUCACAUCCCAGAAAUCCGAAUUACAAGUACAUCUGCGAAAAAAUCAAAGCAUCCUCUGCAAAACCACCGUUCUGUGUUCCUUACCACCACAAAAUCUUCGAUAGUAUAUCGGUUCCUAUCCAAGCAGCCUACUUGUACGAUGCUGUGAUGAUCUACGCGCGAGCCUUGACGGAAGUCUUUCAGAACAACGAAGACCCAAGAAAUGGAACCGCGAUCCUACGUAGAAUUAUUAAUAGGUCCUACCAUUCCAUACAAGGCUACGACGUAUUCAUAGACGGGAAUGGCGAUGCAGAGGGAAAUUUCACUGUAGUGGCUCUUUUGGAUGACAAAGAGAUGAAUGGGACUUUGAGGAUGAGUAUGCAACCCGUCGGGUAUUUCCAGUACCAGUCAAAUGGAAGCAACAAGAGUUCAGCCCUUCCUGAAUUCAAGUAUUUGGAUCUGGACAGACCGAUUCAAUGGGUGGGAGGGCGAUUGCCGCGAGCUGAACCGAAGUGUGGGUUUUCCGGGGAAAAAUGCAUCUACGAAAUCGACUGGAAGCUUGUCGCAAGCAUGAUACUGGUCUCUACUAUAGUUGCCGUUGGGGUACUAUUCGCUCUCAAGCAUUAUCGUUACGAGCAAAAAUUGGCCUGUCUCCUAUGGAAAAUCGAUAUGAGAGAUGUCACCAUAAUUCCCACAGAAACUGCCGAAGUGUCGACUAGAAAUAGGAAUAUGAUCAGGGUCUGCCGACACAGUGUCUUUCACGCGCCCACGAGCAGCAUCGUCGAUACGUCCGAACAAUCGCCCAAAAGGGCAUACACCACCAUAGGGCUCUACAAAGGGAACAUAGUGGCGAUCAAGUACCUGCACAAGAGACACGUUGACCUGACGAGGUCUAUAAGAAAAGAACUGAAACAGAUUCGUGAAGUCAGACACGAAAACCUGAUCCCCUUUAUCGGCGCCAGCGUGGAUCACGCCCACGUCGCCAUUCUGACGGCGUAUUCAGCUCGGGGAAGUCUGGAGGACGUCCUAGCCAAUCAGGACCUCAACUUGGACAAUAUGUUUGUUUCCUCUCUGGUAUCGGAUAUACUGAAGGGUAUGAUAUAUUUGCAUGACAGCGAAAUCAUAUCUCAUGGCAACCUGAGAUCCAGCAACUGCCUGAUUGACAGCAGAUGGGUGCUACAGAUAUCUGACUUUGGACUGCACGAAUUUAAAGCUAACCAAGACGAUCCAGAAUGGAAAACCAAAGAGCUCCGGAGGCUGUUAUGGCGAGCUCCAGAACUCCUGAGGGAUUCUUCCCCACCUUCCAGGGGUACCCAGAAGGGAGACGUCUACUCCUUCGCUAUAGUACUGUACGAAAUCAUCGGCAGGCAUGGGCCAUGGGGAAAAAUUAACAUGGAACCACAUGAAAUCAUUCGUGGAGUGAAGAAGGAGAACCAGGAGAUUCCCUUAAGGCCCCCGCUUGAGAACCUUGGGGCUGCAGAUUAUAUCAUAAGGUGUAUGAAGGCUUGUUGGCAAGAAGAAGCAGAACAGAGGCCUGAUAUAAGAUAUGUUAGGGUCAGACUCAAAGAAAUGCAGGCAGGUCUGAAGCCGAACAUAUUCGACAAUAUGCUGGCGAUAAUGGAAAAGUAUGCCUAUAAUUUGGAAGGGCUGGUACAAGAGAGGACCAAUCAGUUGACAGAAGAGAAAAAGAAAACUGACGCUCUAUUACAUAGAAUGUUACCCAAAUCGGUGGCAGAUUCGCUGAAGAAGGGCGAAAAAGUGGAAGCAGAGUCAUUCGAAUGCGUCACGAUAUAUUUCAGCGAUAUUGUAGGCUUCACAGAACUCUCAGCCGUCAGUACUCCACUACAAGUCAUCGAUCUACUCAACGACCUUUAUACAUGUUUCGAUUCGAUCAUAUCUCACUACGACGUGUACAAGGUCGAAACUAUCGGUGACGCUUACAUGGUGGUCAGUGGGCUCCCCAUAAGGAAUGGCGACCGACACGCUGGAGAAAUAGCUUCCAUGGCCCUGCAUUUACUGAGUAAAAUCAAGAAGUUCGAGAUCAAGCACCGUCAAGGAGAGGUUCUUCAGCUAAGGAUCGGAAUUCACUCAGGCCACGUGGUGGCUGGGGUUGUUGGGCUGAAGAUGCCCAGGUAUUGUCUGUUCGGAGACACCGUUAACACAGCUUCGAGGAUGGAAAGCUACGGGGAAGCCUUCAGGGUACACAUAUCCCACGCCACCUACAUGUUGCUUCAACGACUGGGGGGCUACACUUGCGAGGAAAGGGGGAUCAUUCAUAUAAAGGGUAAAGGAGAGAUGCACACUUAUUGGCUGGUUGGUGAAGAUCCUGGACAUAGACUUGCUAGGAUAAGGGAAGAAAUCGUUGGUUCGUCAUUAUUCAGUAGUGUAAGCUCUGAACGUAUUAGCAAAACUCCUGACCUUCUUAGAAGAACUGGCGUAAGUCUUGAAGACGAGCCUAGUCUGUAUGAACACUGUCCUUCGUCUCACUCCCAAUCGGUGUGUCCAGUGUUACAGCUGCAUCAGAGAGCCAGGAGGGCCUUCUAUCCUUGUAAUAGUCAGGACACUGUGGAUGGCAGCUACAAUAUGCUGUGUCCUGAGAUGUACAAGUACCACCUAUCCAGGCUGGACUAUGCCUGCUCUCACAGGAACCCCAGAUCUGCUCCUGCCAUCACGUUCACGGAAAACAAUGAGAAUUUUAUGUGA